AUUAGCUUUGGGGGCUGUGUGACCCAAAUGUUCUGUAUUCAUAUGAGCAGUUCUAUGGAGACUCUUUUGUUGGUCUUCAUGGCAUUUGAUCGCUACAUUGCCAUCUGCCACCCUCUGCGGUAUAGCCAAAUUCUCACUAACAGAGCUAUUGUUCUCAUCCUUGUGGUCAUGACUGCUGUCAAUUUCAUUUCAAUUAUCUCUCUGGUGUUUCUCAUCUUGAGGCUCCCCUUCUGUGGACAUCAUAUAAUCCCCCACACAUAUUGUGAACACAUGGGAAUUGCUCGGCUGGCCUGUGGAAGUGUAAAGGUAAACAUGAUAUUUGGAUUAUUUCUUGUAUCAAUCAUGCUUUUCACUGUGGUUCUGAUUUUUACCUCCUAUGUGAGCAUACUCCGAGCAGUCUUCUGCCUUCCUUCUCGGGAUGCCAGACUCAAGGCACUUGAUACAUGUGGCUCCCACACCUGUGUCAUCCUGGUCUUCUUCACUCCAGCUCUUUUCUCCUACCUGACCCACCGGUUUGGCAAGAAUGUUCCUGUAUACAUCCACAUUCUCCUGGCCAAUCUAUAUGUUGUUGUUCCACCUGCCCUAAAUCCUGUCAUCUAUGGAGUGAGGACUAAGCAGAUCCGGGAGCGGGUUUCAAGCAUCUUUUUGCAAAAAAAAAGCUGA